CCAACCUGCAUAGUUUGAAUGAGAGUUGUAUGUGGCUGAGGCAGACAAUAAGCUGGCUGUGUAUGGAAUCUGCUUGCUGACUCUACCAUCUACCUAGGUUCAUUACAGAGAACUGUGGACUGAUUUCAGUGUUAUUCACUGGCUGGCUUGUUUGGGUGGCAGACUGUAGUGUCAGGGAUGAGCCAGCUCUAGCUACCUCUGCUGGCACUCACCCAGCUCGCCCGGCUUUUUACCACCGACAUGCUAGCACGCUUUAUGGCGGGAUAGGAAAUCAAUAGAAUAUUGACGUUUUCCAUGCGGUUCCUUGCCUCUAUGUCUCGUGUGUGUGUGUGCGUAUUUGGAGGCACCAUAAUUUUUAUAUAGUCUGUGGCCAUUGAGUUGAACAGAGACGUUGCUCAUUGUGGAUGUGGAUGUGGAAGUGUCAACAAGCUGCUCACAAACAUGGACUAACCAUCCUUCAGACCGGCCAGAUAUGCUGUGGAGUGGAGUACAUGACAAUCAGUGAUCAGUACCACCCAUCAUCACACCUAUCACUACAUGGCAUAGCACAGAUGCUGUAGUACUACUCUCCUAGUUUACCUGUUAUUUGUUACCAUCUAUAUGUAUUCCCCAAUGCAUCCUCCACCGCAAGACGCUAUGCCCAUGAACUCUGACCCUUUCUAUGCCUCUCCUUUCUCCACUUACUACAGGCGCCACACCCCCUACAUGGGCCAGCCAGACUUCCGCAUAUAUGAACUCAACAAGAGGUUACAGCAGCGGACAGAGGAGAGUGACAACCUAUGGUGGGAUGCCUUUGCGACAGAAUUUUUUGAAGACGAUGCGACAUUAACAUUAGCCUUCUGUUUGGAAGAUGGCCCGAAAAGAUACACAAUUGGCAGGACACUUAUACCUCGAUACUUUCGCAGUAUCUUUGAAGGAGGUGUCACAGACUUGUACUAUAUUCUUAAACAUCCAAAAGAGUCAUUCCACAAUACAACGAUAACCUUGGACUGUGACCAGGCUACCAUGGUAACGCAUCAUGGGAAGCCCAUGUUCACCAAGGUGGUGACAGAAGGCAGGCUAAUUUUGGAAUUUACAUUUGAUGACCUCAUGAGGAUUAGAUCUUGGCAUUUUUCUGUACGACAACACCGAGAACUUAUCCCCAGGAGUGUCAUAGCAAUGCAGCAGGAUCCAGCCAUGGUUGAACAACUGUCAAAGAACAUUACAAGACAAGGGCUCACUAACUACACACUCAAUUUUCUCAGGUUAUGUGUUAUUUUAGAACCAAUGCAAGAGUUAAUGUCCAGGCACAAGGCUUACGGUCUCAAUCCUCGGGACUGUCUUAAGACAACGCUCUUUCAGAAAUGGCAGCGUAUGGUGGCGCCACCUGGUAAAGGUAAUAAGAGCAGUAAUCCUCAAAGGCAAACAACAAAGAGGAGAAAAAGAAAAACAUCUAAUAAUGCUGGCAACACAAACAACAUAAACUCGCGUGACUCUGGCCCACCAUCGAGCAAGCAGAAGCGUUCCCCAGGCCCCCAAGGGUUCAAUCCUGUACCGGGGGACGUGAUGGUAGUGGGUGAGCCUACGUUGAUGGGCGGAGAGUUUGGUGAUGAAGAUGAACGGCUGAUAACCCGGCUGGAGAACACGCAGUAUGAGCAUAACGCAGGGGAUGAGGAUCCAGACCAGUUCAGGAACAACUCCCCGGCCCUGGCACACAGCCCCUGGGGUCAAGACAAGAAGCCACAGCAGUCUGCCUCUGUAUCUAGUCAGCCAGAUGAGAAGACGGAAUAGCAUACACCUUGAUGGUAUGCACAUCACGUCCUUGCUCUGAUUUCACUUCACCCUGCCUGACCUGGGAUCACCUCCGUAAAAGUAUGUGCCAAUGUUUUUUUCUGUAAGUGUGCAGAAAUAAAAAUGUUGGCGUAUAUUUUUAUGAAGCUGUCCUGUCUAAAGACUGGUAUAGCGGCCUUGCAGGGCAGUGUGGCAGUACAGGGUGAGAGCUGGUUGAUCUGUACACAAAGCCUUGUGGACAACUGGGCUUGUGGAGCACAGAGAACAUGUACCAGGAAUGGCGUGUCAGUCCGUGCUCAAGGAGAAGUCACAUCAACACAGAUUUACGCUGACAGAUCUUGUAUAUAAUCUGAAAUUGGCAAUCUCAAAUAAAGAAGACAAAAAAAGUAGAAAAAAAGGACAGACCUGAAAGGUUCAGCUUCCCAUGCAGAUGCUGGUUAAAGCAGAAAAAACACAUUGCUCAUACCUUGUUCAGUUUCAUCCACAUUUUGAUGAAGUCAGUUUGACUUUUCCAUUAUUUUUUGAGUCAUGUUCAUCUGAAACUUAUGUCAUUUAUCAUUUGAUGAGUUAGGAGAAUGGAUCGGUUUUCAUUUUACAGGUUUUUAUAGUAUUAUUGAAAGAAAGUCAAGCCAGAGUUCAGAACAGCAUUUUUGAAGUGUUCUUGAAUCCUAAUUGUGAUCCUGAUGUAGUGUGCUCUUGAUCUGAGUUGUAAAUAACACUUGCUGUCUGGUAUUCUGUCUUGUUGCUCCUUAUUAGGCCUCGCCUGACAUUUUAGAACAACUCCCAAGUAAAGAUGUUUACUAAGCUUCAGCCAUGUACAUGAAGUUAUCUGCCAUUUUCUCCCAACACACCAGUAGAUGCCAUUUGACGGGUAACAGAUCAUGCAUUUUCUCAUUUUCCCACCUUUUCUGGUAUUUUUAUAGAAUCAUCUGUUUUCACAUAAUGUUGAUUACAUCACAGCAUGGUGAGUGAACAAGUUGACUACAUAGAUUAUGUGGGUGUGUGAACAUUAUGGUUGAGAAUGUGGGUGGACUAAAAAUGAUGAAAGCAAAUUUUUCAAGUGUUUGAAAUUUGCAGCACUGAACAGGUUUUGUUCUUCCCAGUUUUCUAACUUGGUUCGAGCACAAAAAAUGAGAACACGUUACAAUUAGAAUUAUUUUGAUUAAAGUGGUAAAGUAUUGAGCAUGGGCAGGAGAAAAAAAUCACAAGACAUUAAAUGGUGUCCUCUUUAUGUGUAUCUGUAGAUUAGUUUCUAAGUAUAUUUGUAGCAUUUAU